GAGAGAGAAUGAGAAGGAAUGAAGAAAAUUCAAUCGGAUCGAAUACAAUCUUGACGUCCGCAAGGUCACAAAGACACACCUUCUUUCUCUCUCUAAAACUUUCUACUUUCUCUCUCUGGAAGAGUACAGCGAGGAACAGAGGCGUGUACUGAGCAUAGACUGAAACCCUAAGAGAAAAAGUGCCCUCCGGAGUCUUUCUUUCUCUGUACUACAAUUGGAAGCCAAAGUAAUCUAUGAAAGAUACGUAAAUAAAAGAAGAAAGUUCGAGUUCGGUUCUUUGGGCAUUUCUUUUAUCAGUGUAAUAUUUUGUUGGUGGGUUUUGACGAGUUCUUGAACUGUUUGAAUUUCCAACUCCGAGAUUCAUGCGGAAGCGGCUCGGAGAUUGCUGGUUUUGCAGAAGCAGUACAAUUAUGGAAUGUUCAGAAUCGAUGCUUGUUCCUUGGUUUUGGCUUUUAUCGGUUCUUGGCUUGCCUUCAGAAGAAGUCUACACCAUAUGCACAGGCACAAAGCUUGCCCAUUUCUAUCGGUGCACAAUAAGGGCUUUGAGGCCAAUGACCUUGGACGUUGGGGUGAACUGCUAUCUGGUUUGAACUAUUUGUCCGGUUUUUCACUCCUCGUUGUGUAAUUGUAGUUUCUUGAGUUCUUGUUAUUUUAGAUAGUUGUAGUACUUCGGUUAGUGUUUGUAGUUUGCAUUUUUGGAAAGAUGGUACCUUCGGGGCCGCCCACACAGAUUGGUGGCACCCAGUCCGUUUCUCCUUCACUCUUGCGUUCGAAUUCUGGAAUGUUGGGAGGUCAAGGGGGUCCCAUGCCUUCUCAGACGGCUUUUCCUUCCCUUGCGUCGUCCAGAACUCAGUUUAAUAACAUGAAUAUGCUUGGAAACGUGCCCAAUGUGUCAUCUUUUCUUAAUCAGUCUUUUGGGAAUGGAGUUCCCAAUGCUGCGCUUUCUAACCCUGCGAAUAGCCAGCGUGGAGGUAUUGAUACUGGGUCUGAGUCGGAUCCACUUUCUAGUGUUGGCAAUGGUAUGGGUUUUAAUACUCCUUCAUCUUCAUUUGUAGCUUCAAACAUGGCGAACCCUGCUUCAUCUGGGCCGGUUCAGGGUCAGCAAUUCUCGAACCCUUCUGGUAACCAGUUAAUUCCAGAUCAACAGCAUUCCCAGCAACUUGAGUCGCCUAAUUUCCAACACAGCCAGCAGCCAAUGCAACAGUUCUCUGCAACACCCAGUGCCCACCAGCAGGAGCAAUUUCAAUCAAUACGAGGUGGCUUAGGUGGUGUUGGACCUGUAAAAUUGGAGCCCCAGGUGACAAAUGAUCAGCGGAGACAGCAGCAUCAGUUUCAAGAGCUAAGAAAUCCUGGUCCAGUGAAACUGGAAUCGCAACAAAUUCAGACAAUGAGAAAUAUGGUGCCAGUAAAAAUGGAUCCCCAACAUUCUGAUCAAUCAUUAUUUCUGCAUCAACAGCAGCAGCAACAACAACAGCAACAAUUCCUACACAUGUCAAGGCAGUCCUCUCAGGCUGCUGCUGCCCAAAUUAAUCUUUUGCAUCAACAAAGACUCUUGCAGCUACACCAGCAACAACAGCAACAACAGCAAAUCUUGAAGGCAAUGCCUCAGCAGCGUUCCCAAUUACCGCAGCAGUUUCCACAGCAGAAUUUGCCUUUGAGACCACCUGUAAAAUCAGGCUAUGAACCUGGGAUGUGUGCUCGACGUCUCACCCAUUACAUGUAUCGGCAACAACAUAGACCCGAAGACAACAAUAUUGAAUUCUGGAGGAAAUUUGUUGCUGAGUACUUUGCUCCCGAUGCCAAAAAGAAGUGGUGUGUUUCCAUGUAUGGAAGUGGCCGGCAAACAACUGGAGUUUUUCCUCAGGAUGUGUGGCACUGUGAAAUAUGCAAUCGCAAGCCUGGCCGGGGUUUUGAAGCAACCGUUGAGGUUCUUCCUAGGCUUUUCAAAAUCAAAUACGAAAGUGGUACUUUGGAAGAGCUUCUUUAUGUUGAUAUGCCCCGUGAAUAUCAUAACUCAUCUGGUCAGAUUGUCUUGGACUAUGCAAAAGCAAUACAGGAAAGUGUUUUUGAGCAACUUCGUGUUGUUCGUGAUGGUCAACUUCGGAUAGUUUUCUCUCCAGACCUAAAGAUAUGCUCUUGGGAAUUCUGUGCUCGGCGUCAUGAAGAGCUCAUACCUCGAAGAUUGUUGAUACCUCAGGUUAGUCAACUUGGAGCUGCUGCUCAAAAAUACCAGGCUGCUGCUCAAAAUGCAUCAUCCAAUGUACCUGUUUCAGAGUUGCAAACUAAUUGUAACAUGUUUGUAGCGUCAGCUCGACAGUUAGCGAAAGCCUUGGAAGUGCCUUUGGUAAAUGAUUUAGGAUAUACAAAGAGAUACGUACGUUGCCUUCAGAUAUCAGAAGUGGUUAAUAGUAUGAAAGAGUUGAUUGAUUAUAGCCGAGAAACAGGGACGGGACCUAUGGAAAGCUUGGUCAAGUUUCCUCGGAGGACAAGUACUUCGUCUGGGUUUCAUGGUCAGUCUCAACAGCCUGAGGAGCAGCUACAACAGCAACAACAGCAGCAGAAUGUGGCCCAGAACUCAAACAGUGAUCAAAGCUCUGUCCAGGCUGCUGCAAUGCAACUUGCUGUUAACAAUGGUGUGUCUGGUGUAAAUAAUUCCCUAAACACAGCAUCCACGUCAACCUCAGCAAGCACAAUUGUUGGGCUUCUCCAUCAGAACUCCAUGAACUCCAGACAGCAGAAUUCUAUGACCAAUGCAAGCAGUCCUUACGGAGGAAGUUCUGUUCAGAUUCCUUCCCCCGGUUCUUCCAGUACUAUUCCACAGGCACAACCCAACCCAUCCCCAUUCCAAUCACCAACACCGUCUAACAAUCCACCACAAACGUCUCAUGGCUCCUUAACAACAGCUGUCAAUCACAUGAGUACCUCGAAUUCACCUGCUAAUAUGUCCUUGCAACAGCCAACUCUUUCCAGCGAGGCUGACCCGAGUGAUUCGCAGAGUUCUGUCCAGAAAAUCCUACAUGAGUUGAUGAUAUCCAACCAACUUCAUGCGACAGGUGGUAUGGUUGGUGUUGCUUCUAUGGGGAAUGACAUGAAAAAUGUUAAUGGGGUUUUACCAACAAGCAACAAUGGUCUCAAUGGUGGCAACUGCUUAGUGGGGAAUGGGACGGUCAACAAUAACUCAGGUAUUGGGAGUGGUGGAUUUGGCACCAUGGGUGGACUUGGUCAGUCGGCCAUGGUUAAUGGAAUGAGAUCGGCAAUGGGAAAUAACCCCGCCAUGAAUGGAAGGGUAGUAAUGGCAUCAAUGGCUCGGGACCCAAGUAUGAAUCAUCAACAACAGCAGGAUAUGGGAAACCAACUGCUUAGUGGACUAGGAGCAGUUAACGGGUUUAAUAAUCUUCAGUUUGAUUGGAAACCGUCUCCAUGAAAAGGCUCCCUUGAUCACACAGAUGUUCCUGUUGUUGAUUACAACUGCUUGUGCAGCACGAGAAAAUAGUAGGAUUGCCCUGCGGCCCUGUGAAAAUGGUUGCAUACGGUGAAAAUUUUUGCAGGGUUCUGCUCCCACUUUGUACUAAUCUGUUUUUCAUAAUAUUAAAGGAAAUUUGGUGGCUGGUUGUGUGGCUCAA